UUUUGAAGCAGAGUAACAAACAAUAUCAAAUUCAUACACAAAUUUCUGAAAUGAGUUUACUAGCCACUCCAGAGCAUUCAAAUACUAAACAUUUCUUGUCAGUAUGUAAUGACACUCAGACUUCAUGGAGGAACAAGAUUCUUGAAGAUGAACAAUUAGUCAAUGAUUACAUCUCCAAUACUAUUAAUGAUGCCAAGACUGCUAGAGAGAGGAUCAUCAGUGACAUCUCUAGAUCUAGAGACCUUCGUAAGAAAGCUGAGAAACUACUAGAGCAUCAGCCUAGACCCAAAGUCCAUCUCAAAGCCAACUCUAUUAAUUCUACUAGGACUGUGUCAUGUUCUUGUUCAAGAGAUUGAAGGAAUAGGCAUACAUCAGUAAAGAUAGUUCCAUCUCUUAACCUCAAGCUCUCUUCCAAGCUUUCUGAGGACAAGAAGGAGCCUAAAGAGCUCAAACCAUUCCCCUUCUUCUAUCGCCGCAACAUGAGAGCUUACAUGCCAACGGCUUCUUCUUUAUCGAAGUCGAAAAACCCACGGAAACUUUCGAAAAUUACAAACAGAUCUUUCCACUUCUAAAUUCGAAAGUUUCUGAAUUAUAUUAAUUACCUUAUAAG